AUGUCCGCCGACCCGCCAAACCAGCCGGAGCCGGAGCAGAAGGGCGACGGGUACGCGUACCUGUCGGGGCUGGGCAACAGCUUCGCCUCGGAGGCCGUCCCGGGGGCGCUCCCGGCCGACGGCCACAACAGCCCGCUGCUCUGCCCGCUGGGCCUCUACGCCGAGCAGCUCUCCGGCACCUCCUUCACCACCCCGCGCCACCGCAACCUACGAACGUGGAUGUACCGGAUCAAGCCGUCGGUGACCCACGACCCCUUCCACCCGCGGGACCCGCCCAACCCGCGCCUCCUCGCCGACUUCCACGACCCCCGCGCCGCCCUCGCCACCCCCACCCAGCUCCGAUGGAGGCCCGCCGACCUGCCGCCCCGCGAUGCAGAUGCGGACCUCGACUUCGUCGACGGCCUCUACACCGUCUGCGGCGCCGGCAGCUCCUUCCUCCGCCACGGGUUCGCAGUCCACAUGUACGCCGCCAACAAGUCCAUGGACGGGUGCGCCUUCUGCAACGCCGACGGCGACUUCCUCAUCGUGCCCCAGCAAGGGAGUGAGUCCUCUAGGCUUCAAACCACCGAAUUCAGACUUGUCAGUGUCCCCGUCUUCUGUCGUUAUGUGCGAUUGAUUGAUAGCAUACUUAAUUCCUCUUCUGCUGUGCUUAACUCUGAUGGGAACGUCCAUCCUCAUCACCUUCCAUGGUUUUUGGUGUCAAGUCCAGAGUUGUUGAUCACAACCGAGUGCGGGAAGAUGCUGGUGCCGCCCGGUGAGAUCGUCGUCAUUCCUCAGGGCUUCCGCUUCGCUGUCGACUUGCCUGAUGGCCCUUCGCGUGGCUAUGUUUCCGAGAUAUUCGGCGCCCAUUUCCAGCUCCCUGAUCUCGGCCCAAUCGGUGCUAAUGGUUUGGCUUCGGCGAGAGAUUUCCUUUCCCCCACGGCAUGGUUCGAGCAAGCACACCGCCCUGGAUACAUCAUAGUGCAGAAGUAUGGUGGCGAGCUUUUCACCGCCACGCAGGAUUUCUCGCCGUUUAAUGUGGUCGCCUGGCAUGGAAAUUACGUCCCUUACAAGUACGACCUGAGCAAGUUCUGUCCGUUUAACACUGUCCUGUUCGAUCACGCUGAUCCGUCAGUAAACACAGUGCUGACUGCUCCUACUGACAAGCCUGGCGUGGCACUGCUUGAUUUCGUGAUAUUCCCGCCCCGAUGGCUGGUGGCCGAGAACACGUUCCGCCCUCCGUACUACCACCGCAACUGCAUGAGCGAGUUCAUGGGGCUGAUCUACGGUGUAUACGAGGCUAAAGCCGACGGUUUCCUGCCCGGAGGCGCGAGCCUGCACAGCUGCAUGACACCCCACGGUCCGGAUACCAAGACGUACGAAGCGACCAUCAGCAAGCUUGGUGGACCGGACGCCAACACGCCGACGAGGCUGAGCGGCACACUGGCCUUCAUGUUCGAGUCGGCGCUGAUCCCGCUCGUGUGCCGCUGGGCCCUGGAGUCGCCGUCCCGGGACCUCGACUACUACCAGUGCUGGAUCGGGCUCAAAUCCCACUUCUCACACGGCGACGAUGACGGUGACGAUGGACCGGCGACGACCGGCGGCGACGACAAGGAUGGCGAGAAGUAG